CAGCGACGGUUCGUCCACGGGCGGCGCAUUAAAGACAGCGGCGGCCACCAUCAACGCUGCUGGAGUCCGACACUGAGCGGUCAGGUCCAGGUUAAGGUCCAGGUCCGGUGCAGCUCGCUGAUAUCAUGGACGCCUGUGCUCGAAUCAGAGGAGUCCCCAUCAGGACCAGGGCCUCGGUGCGGAAAGAGACUGUGCGUGACAGUGGGACACAGAGUCUGAAGAACCUCUUCAGGAAUAAGAAGGAGCUGUGCAGCAUCAGCCUGGAGCUGCCGAGCAGAGACGCUGCAAGACUGACAGAGAUUCAUUUUGUGUGUCUGCCUGGUCAGUGUGAAGGAGAAGACGUCACCCAGCAGGCUCUGACGUCACUGCCAGGAAGUCUGUGUGAUCUUCUCAGGUCGCUCCACGUCCACGGCCUCAAGAAUGACGAGGUUCUUCUGCUCAAAGACUCUCGCCGGCUGGUGGAGCACAAAGACUCUGGGCCUCAGGUACAGAAGUGUUGGCUGAAGGCCGUGUGUGUGCUGAGACAUAAUCCGGGCUCCGGCCUCCACCCUCAGGCCAGCGUGGCGUCGCUGCUCGGCCUCCUCGGCUGCUACGUGGCGGGCGUCCGCUACGCCGGCGAGCUCCAGGCCCUGCAGAGGGGCUCGGCCGAGGCCAGUCAGCCGGAGGAGGACGACACCAACCAGUCGGUGUCGUCCAUCGAGGACGACUUUGUCACGGCACUGGAGCACCUGGAGGAGGACGACACGGGAGACGCAGGUCCCUCUGCAGCCUCCUAUCAUCAGUAUAAGCGGCGUGACGUGGCCUCACAGACAGUCCCCGCCCACAAGAGGAAAAAAGAAUUAUUGGGCGCCCGUGUUAUCAUUGGCUCCUCCUCCAAGAAGUAUUCGUCCAAACAUCAUCCGGCUCCAGAGGUGUCCGUCACAGUGCAGAGGUCGUCGGGUGUGGAGUCCCAGUGGACGUACUGCAGUCCCGGAGCUCGUCUGCCUUCUCCUCAGAUUCACGUCAGCGAGUCAGAAGACUCAGACUGCUCCAGCCCCAGUCCGAUCAUCUUCCUGGACGAGGUGGGCUACCAGAAGAGCCUGCUGGCCAAGCUGGACAUCCCCCAGGUGCCCGGUGGACCCAGGGAGCGAGUUGAAGACUCGGACUCUGAAGUCAGCGAGUUCUUUGACAGUUUUGACCAGUUUGACGACCUGGACGAGCUGAGCUCUGAGAGCUGCACUCUGGCUCUGCCUCUGGACUCCACCAGUUCCCCAAGCGGUCAGAAGAAGUUUGCAGAGUCCAGCACCAGCGUCUCGACAUCCAAGUAUGUUUCCAGGGGCUGCUCAACCAAGGGUAUGAACCCUCACCGCUUUGACCAGCCCACACUCCCAGCCAAUGUGAAAAAACCCACUCCACUGAAACCUGGCUCGCCUUACUCACUCCAUUCCGAGAUGCCCGACUCCCCAAGACUGGUGCAGACUCCCGGUGAGGAAAACGGUGGCCCACUCUUCAGUCCGGUCAGCUCCUCUGCCUUCAGCCCCCUGGUGGACUCUAACGGACCUCUGGAAUACUUUUGGAAGACGGACGAGGACGGACAGGACGACUCCGAGCUCAGGAAACCCCAGGAUCUAUGCUCGCUCUAUAAGACCUACUCGGACUUCGCCAGCAAUCUUUCCAGAGAAAUCCUGGGAUCUGUGUGCGGCUACCAGUCUGCGGUCGACAUCACCGACAACAAGAACCUCAGCUGCGUCUGCCACAAAGAAUUCCAGAACCCUUCCGGCUACCUGAUGAAGCUCUCGGAAAUACAGGAGACGGUGACGGUGGACAAGCUGCAGAAGAAGUCCCAGUCUCUGAAGGAUGGCAUUCAGAGGUUUGCCACUGACCUGGUGGAGAUGAGUCUGGGCAGCGCUUUGCGAGACCUUCAGAAGGGCGUCUCGUCCUGCACCACCACCUUGUGUCACUUGGCCGCAAGGCUCACCUCGUCCGUGUUCCAAAUGGCCUUCCAUGAGAUCGGCAUGCGCCGGGCUUAUGUGCUGAAGGAGCGAGCCAUCAGUGGAUUGGCGGGGUUCCUGGUCGGAGAGGCCGUGUCCGGGGCCCUGAAAGACUUCCUGACGGUGAAAAAGCAAAUUUUCCACAGCACAGUCUCGCAGUUUGCUGCUGACCUGGCUGAAGAGCUUGUGUUUGAAGGCAUCAUGGAGGUGUGUCAGUUUUCCCACCCCUCAACCCCUCUUACCCCAAGUGACUGGUCCUUUGGUCACGGGCAGGAAGAGGAGGAAGAGGAGGAGGAGGAAGUGGUUUCUUCGUAUGCUUCAGAUUUAUCGGAGUCAGUCAUCCAGGAAGCCUUCAUAGAACUCUCUCAGGCUGAUGUUGCCUUCACUAGCCAAGCAGCUAUCAGCGUGUCUUUGGACAACAUCUGUUACGUCAGUGCCGAGAACUCCAGCACUCACACCUGCAGUACCUUUACCACCCAGCAGGUUUUGAGUUGCACCUCUGCUGCAGGAGUUCCCAGGCCCUCGGGAGAAGAUCCUACCUGCACAGUGAAGAAAGCCCUCUUCACUGUCUCGGGUAUGGCCAGCUGUAUUCCUGUACCCCAGGCUGGCCACGCCCUCUCCCACCUCCCAGAUUCUGAGGAAACCUGUCAGCAAACAACCACUUCAUGCAAUACUCCACACGCUAGCCCCAGAAGAAUAACCGUGUCUUCCUCUGACACCGCGACCUCGACACAAACUCACCUUUACAGUCUUGGAACUCAGACCCCAGGAGCCGGAUUAGGCCCUUCUCACGGAAAGUCUGCGUUCCAGAACUUCUCUGGAAACAUGGUGGAUUUGAUCGUAACCGAGGCUUGUGAGCUCAUAACCACGUCUAAGAUGAAGAAGAGUUUCGAGGACUGCACUGACUUCUUCACUAAGGCAGUCGGAACCAGGAGUGGUUCUUCAUGCAAACAGGACUUAACAAGUAUUGACGCUCCAGAUUCCCCUUUAAGGCACGGAGAUCUUCGCUAUGUUACAGGGAGAGUCAUGGCUCAUCCUGUGACCAUGCACACUCUACAUGUGCCGGACAGCGGGAUUUCCGCUCCUGUGGAUGAUUCGAGCCCAAGUCCCGGUCAGAAGUCUGGUGGCACUCCUGGAACUCCUCCGUCCACCCCACAGCAGCCCAGCGAGGUUUCCAAGGAGAAACAGAUCAAACAGUUCUCCAAGAAGCUGAAGAGCAAACUGGCCAAGGAGUUCUCCCCUGCUACUCCACCUCCCACCCCUCACUACCAGCCAGAGCCCGGCCCAGGACCCAAAGACAUCACCCCUGAAGAGGACAAGGACGAGUUCAUGCUCAAACUCAUGAGGUCUCUCUCCGAGGAGGCCGAUGGCAACGAGGAGGAGGAGGAGGAGCCAGCAGAAGAGGAGCGUGUUGCCAACAGAUCUUCAGAGACCAGGAGCGGCCGGCACGAACCCAACCUUAUAUCCCGUCACAGAAUGUCCAACAAGGAAGCUCUCCACUAUGCCGAGCGCCUGGCUUGCCACAUUGUCUCCAUGGCAACAGAGAUGGACACCCUGGGAGUGGCAGAGGAGGAAGGAGAGGCGAGUGGUGGCAGCGGCAUGCGGCGGAGGGACAGCGUGGCUCAGUUCUCGGAGCAGACCCUGAACACUCUGUGGGUGUAUGCCGGCGAGGUGGCGGGGGAAGUCAUCAACGACGUGAAGAAGAUGGUGAGCUUGGGCCAGCAGUGUCCUUACCACAGAGUUCACCAUAGAAGGAGCUUGGACAGAUCCAGCUCUGAAUGUUUGCACCACCACCAGAACAGGGACUGGAGAGUGGGCAGGCUUGCCGAGCAGUGGUCCAGUGACAUCAUAGCCUCCAUGUUCCAGCCUCCUCCCACCUCCGCGCCCAGCGCAUUCUCCAGCUCCAGCUCUGGCAUGUCCUCAGAGUAUCCCAGUUGCGAGAGCGUGACGGACGAAUAUGCUGGCUACCUCAUCAGAGUCCUGAAGAAGGAAGGAGGAAGUAGGGAGCUGGUCCUGGACCAGUACGCGAGCCGCUUGGCCUACCGCUCCAUAAAACUAGGUUUGGCUCAUGCUAGUCGCAAGAUCAGGCAGAGAUCCUCGAGCAUCCGCUUUCACUCGUCCAAGUCGCUGCCAGAUGAAUGGAAAGCUUCAGGUAGUGAGGUCUCGUCCCCCCGGGACAGAGCAGAGACAGUGGUCUGUCCCUCAGGUGAGGACACUCGGUGCUGCUGCAGUGACUCUGAGGAGCAGAGUCAGAGGGACUACACAGAUCUGGUCAACUUUGCUGAAUCGUUGGCGUACAACAUCACCUGCGAUGUCACACGCAAGCUCCACCUCCCCACCGCGCGCCUGCCCAAGUCCCUCACUGACUCCUGCCUCUAUAAGAAAUCCAAACUUGAAGACAUGACGGAGAACCUCAUCAGGAACUCCUUCUCCUGCCCCCUGUUGUCCAAGGACGGUAAGAGCAGGCGUUACCACAGCACAGGGAGCCUGUACGAUGGAGGCCGCAGCAGCAGAGCGAUGCAGGUUGUCGAGCACUACGCCAGGAAAAUAGUGGACGACACUUUGAAGAUGAGCCUGGCGUCAGUCAGUCGUCCGUCGCGGGAGCAUCACAGGACGCAAGGUCACGACAGACACUCCCACAGGCAGAGGCUGACCGAGGCCCCGCCCACCAGUCAGGCCGCAGGCGAGAGGACCUGCCGUUACUGUCUGGCUCAGGAGUGUCUGUACUGCAGCAAACACGGCCGGCACCACCCGCCCACAACACACUGGAGGAGACGAGGGCCGGACUGUAAGACGAGCCGGAGCCAGAGGAUUCCCAGCUUGGACAUUCCCAAGAUCCACAUCGACCUGGACCACAGGGUGGCGUUCGCCGAGGACAUGGUCUCCACGGUGAUGGAGACGGCAAAGCGUGAGCUGAGCAACACCAGUCUCAACGCCGACAGCGGCAUCGGCCACGACGGGACCAGCUACGCCGAGAGCCUGACUGCUGAGAUCAUGACGUCAGCCAUGUCCAACGUCUGUCAGGGCGCCAUCAUCAGUUGUUCAGGGAGAGAAGUCACUGAGUCGACGGUGUCUCAGCAGCUCAGUGUAGGAGACGACAGUCUGGGCAGCUGGUCCAACCUGAGCUUUGAGGACGACAACAGCAGCUUCCUCCACCUCAGUGACAGCAGCAAUGGGAACAGCAGUAGCUGGAGCAGUCUGGGCCUGGAGGGGGAGGCGGGUGAGGAGCACAUGUCCUUCUCCCCCUCUGACAGUGACAACACAGACGACAAGGAGACGGAGGUCAAAGAGGAGUCCAGUGGGACUCUGUGUGUGGACCGGACUCAGGUGCUCGCAGCUCCCCGUGCCGCCGCCCCCGCCGCGCUGCUCGUCGCCAACUCGGACGUCAUGCCCGUGACCUUUGACCCUCAGCUCAGGAGCAUGCUGCAGUGGCUGGCGGCGUCCAUGGCCGACGUCACACAUGUGCAGCUGAGUCCUGACAGAGAGCUGCAGCAGCUUCCUGUCGUCGUCCAGAGGCUUCAGGAGAGGAGGUGGAGGGUCGGGGAGCUGCUGCACAUGCUGCUGCGCUACUGCGAGGAGAGCCACGCACACGGCCAAUCACAGGCCAGAGACGAGACUCCUCCGCCGCCGCCGCCAUCGUUAGCACCGCCGCAGCGCACGCCGCCGCCACCGCUCUUCCAGUGGCUCCUGGAUCACGCCUAGCUUUCCUCCUCUGUUCUUCACAGGGCUUUUACAGAAACCUCCACGUCCUCUAGAGGGCAGCACUGUACGAGUCGGCGAUAAGCAUCGCACUCUCAUGAAUGUGUGUGUGUGUGUGUGUGUGUUUUCUUCUGCAUGCUGUGACUAAUCAGGAGGAUUCUCUUCCCACCUCUGCGGUCGUGUUAUUUGUCUCCUGCCUCACAGUGAACGAGCUGUCUCCUCACGCCCACUCCACGGCUUUUCAUUUGAAGGCCUCACACCUCGCUGCCGUCACACACUCACGCCACAGAGAGAGAGAGAGGGAGAGAGAGAGGAAGAGGGAGAGAGACCCAGC